CCCAUUUCUACCAGCGUACUUGUCCAAUCAUAGCCCGCGAACUAUUCACCUCGGACUUUGACGUCAGCAGCAACACCACAGUGUGCGCGACUGCGCAAUGAAGCAGAUCGUCGAGACGGGACAUUCAAGCAACUCAUGUUGUACUAUGUCGGAAAACGGAUGAAAGAAGUUGUUGUGCUCUCUAUUCUGGUUUUGCAACUAGUUUAAAGGAUAGGAGAAUUAAUCAAAAGCGGGAUGCCACCCAUGGCGACAUCAUCAAAGCGCAAGUGGUCGGACGUCUUCCAAGACGAAGAGAUGUAUGAUAAGCAGUCCAUCAUGGACUUGUGCACUGCCAAACUGCGCUAUGUCAAUCCAGCACGCCCGCCCAGGCGCAGGACAGAAGUGCCACUCCUCCGCAAUGUUUUGAUUGUCAACACGAUGAAGCAUCUAUCCACUGAGAUGAAACAAGAGAGCAUGAUGGACUAUGCCACAGAAGACCUGACGGUAGACCCGGGCCACUUUGAAGGCCUUCCUCCUUUGUCGGAGCUGCUGACAGAUAUCAUGCUUGAUCCACAGCCCAAUGAGUCUCAGUGUCCAACUCAAGGCUUGAUUCCUUUCAACUGGUCAACGUCUGGAGCAGCUAGCUACUCUCCUCUGACUCCUCUUGAACCUUCGAUGCCUUCUUACUUGGACACUGAUUCAGCCUUGGAAAAUACUGGAGAAGAGAAAAUAGUUCAUGAUCUUUUGCCUUGUACUAGUGUCAUCGGGCUAAAUCCAAGUCACCACUCACCAUGGGAAGCUCAUGGAGACACAGGUUCUUUGGAUUCGUUCCUGUCUAGUGCCUCAUUGCAGCAACCUUCAACAGAUACUUUAGACUCAUUUGCUUCAGAUUCUGCAUUCCAGUCAACUAGUGGGCCUCUGCCUUCAUUCACAUCCCUUUUUGAAAACUCAAACCUGUCAUAUUCAGAAACGGUUCCAACAUCGUCAUACACUGACCUUACUCCAACUGCAUCACCCUCAAUGUUAUACUCCUCAACGGCGACCUCUUCUGCCUCGUUUUCAGCUCAGACUACUGUUGCGUCAGCAUCUACCGAAGAGCUUGUGGGAAAUACAACAUUAACGGAUACUGAAUUGGAGUUCCUUGCCAUGGCAUUUUCAUCUAAGUUGCAUAACGUAUCAUUUGAAGAGCUUGUGCAAGCAUUUCCACAAUCAACACGGUUACAGCAGCAAAAUUCUCAGCAGUCUUCAUUCUUUGUGCCUUCUUCUAUACAAACGUGCAGUAGUAGUACUAGUAACACUUCAGUUACAGAGACAAGUCCCACUACCAGCAAUCCUUGUGCAAGUUUUUAUCGCAAAGACCAACCACCCCCAAGUGUUGAUGAAAACAUGGUGCGUGUACUAGUCAAUUUAUGAUUUAACUUAAAGAGUGCACAAGUUUACAGCAAUGACAUUAGUGCAGAGAAAGUUUUGCCUUCAGUAAUUCAGUGUACAAUAUAUGCACUGAGUGAAGAUAAUAUACUGGCAGUUUCUUUUUGCAUAAGACAUUAGUCCAGUACAUGGAUCUUUCUGUUGGAAAUUUAGUAUCAAGAAUCCGUAGAAGGAAAAAUAAAAGUGACUGGUAUAUUUAUAAUAAUUGGCUUUUCCAUAGGAUCGUUGUACCGCUAUACAGGAUUUAUUCAUUUAAGUUCUGAGUUAGUACACAAAAAAUUUCUUUGGUUGCAGCUUGAAACAAUGACCCAAGUAUGAUAUUCCACUUUAGUGCCUAACUUGAAAGUUAUGACAAUGAAGGCGACCGAUUCAGUAUAUUGUAUUAAGCUCACAGCAAACUUUUGCAAAACUUGGAAAUGUCGUCAUUUCAGAGACAUUGGUACUUUCAGAUGAGUUGUGGACUAUACAUCUAAAUUGUGCAACAUGUUUGCUUACUUACUGGUUUGUUUUGUGCAUAAAAAUGGCUUAUAUGUAGGUGUGACGUACAUCAAAAGUUACAAAGUUGUGAUACUGUGUUCGUGAAAUGAGGCAAUACAAGAAGCAUUUUACCAGAAGGAUGUGAUGACACUCUACUAAGCUAUUGACACAUUUUCAGCAGGACCCGUACAGCUACUCAAAAGACCUACUUGCUCAUAUGUACAUUGAAAUAUGUUUCGUGUGUAUGUGUGUUAUUGUUGUUGGUUUAUUUAUUUUAUUUUUUUUGGAGGGUGGGUGUGUCAUUGUAUGUUCUAUUAUCUAUUUGUGGUAUGUGCGUGAAUAGAAACUAAAUUAUUUACAUUCUUCUCUGGUUCAUUUUGUAAAAGUUACAAGUGGAAACCCUCUAUAUCAGUUGUGGAUGAUGAUGCCAUGCUGACUGAGGCUGUGAUUUUUUAAAUUUGCUGCUGAUGAAUGUGAAGUGCACCAAGCUGUUCUCUGAAAUUUUGUUUGUUUUGUUUUGUGCUUGUGAAAAAUUUUUUGGGAGUGAGUAAAAUUCUAGUUCAGUACGAAAUAAAUAUUUUAUUCUACCAGCUCGUUUGCAAUAGUGAGUAAUAAUAGGUGGGUCAACUGUUAAUCUUGGCGUUCCUUUCGAAGUCUCUUCGGAGGACUGGUCAAUUGAAUGUAAUAUACGUUAUGUAAUAUACCUUAAUAAUGAUUGCACUUUCAAGUCGCUGUGCAUUUUUAAACUAAAAAGAUGUUUACAAGGCUGUUAAUUACCAAAACUGUAGAGAUCAGAACCCUCUUUAUACUUACUGGUACAAAGUUUAAAACUCGAGAAAUAUCACAAGAUGGUUUGUCGCAUUAUACUGCUGAAUGACAUAACUCUGAAUAGCCGUGUGUAUGCACCAUCUCCCUUGCUAGCAGUCUUAAAGCCUAUGAAAGUGUACUCUUGAUCAUUUUACUCCCAGCAGUCGUCAAAUUUAAUUCAAAACCUUUCUUGGGAGCUACAUUAAUUAAAUAAAUUGUAGUCUUGUACAAUCAGUUAUCUUCAAACGUUCAAUCUAUGUAUGAAUCAUUUAUGGAGUGUUUAGCUGUUGAAGCUUGGGUAUUUUAAGUUCCCUGUGAACAUUCUUUUAAGCUCACUUUUAUGCUCUUUUGUUUUUUGUGAAUUGGAAUUAAUGUUUGUUUUUGAGAAUUUUGGCGAACAACUACGUAAACAAAAACCGUUGACGAGUUAAUCAUACCCAUGGAGAAAAAUACACUUGGGGUAUGAUGUAUUUUCUGUAUUCACUGGUGCAAUUGUCCUUUAAGAGUGGGUAAAGAUGUGGAUGCGGCUGGCAAAUGUUGACAGAGUCACGGUCAGUUCAUGGCGAUCUCAGUUGAGAGUGAUAUUUAUAUAAUAUGUAAGUUGAAUUCUGUAAGUGAUCAUAGGUGAGAAUCUCUUUGAUGAUAAGUAUUUGUAGUCUCUAUAGUCUUUUGUUCUUCAUUUGUUUCAAAUUGACUGUUCACUUUCUGUACUUCUACUCCUCUACUAGUUGGCAGCAAUGUAUCUUCCUUGUUUUAAUUUAAACAAUUAAUUUAUUUUUCUUCCCUCCCAUGAUCUCUGGGCACAUCAGUUUGCGUGUCAUGGACAAAACUCUGUAUUUGUAGAAUUGUUAGUGAUAUUUAUAAAGUGAUUUUAUUGUGAAUGCAUUUUCGAAAGACUAUUUCGGAUUUUAGAAUAUUUUCGUUAUUAUUAUUUUUUGAAAAGUAAAAUGUUAAGAAACGUAGACUUGCACAAGAAAAAUGAAACGGUAUAUUUUUAUCAAGGAUAAAUUAUUGCGGAUCUUUGUAUUGUGGUAUCAAACUGCUAAUAAGUAAAUCAAUACUCUUUUUUUGUGACUAUACUAUAGUUUUGAAAUUUAUUGGUUUAAUUGAAAAUUGCAAGUUGAAUUGAUCUUUCAAAUUUUCAAUGCAGCGCUGGUUCCUUGUACAUGUAAUAUAUGUGCCUCAAACCUGAUCUAAGUUAAGCUUUGCAGUCACUUUUUUUGAAGAUUUAAGAACCUAACUACAUAUGGUAUAUUUAUGUCUGUCCUCUAUCGAAGAUUCUCGCCAACAUAGAACUAUUUACAUUAGACUACAGUUCAUAGAAAUGGGAAACCAUAUUUGCCUGGUGCUUUAGUCAGGUUGUAUGCUGUUGUCUAUACCCUCUAGUUACCAAGAUAAUCAGUUGCAGCUUUGUCAUGACAGAAGUAUUACUCGUGUUAUUGUGGCGAGUCCUCAGUAAUAUCUUGUCACUGAAAACGAGGACAACUUUUUUUCUCGAUCCUUUUCUCCUGUGCAUUCUUGUCAAUGAAAUCCUGUCAUUUCUUAUUUAUUUUAUCUUUUGUAUGAUUUUUUUUCCUUGCCUGAAAGUCCUAUUUUCCAGGUUGUUCCGAUUAUGCAACUGAACAUAAUGUAUUAUUUGUUUCUCAUGCAUAAUUUGGCUUUUGUACAUAAGCACAUAAAUUAUAUGAAUGAUUUAUCUUGAAGUAAUACCAUUUACAAGUCGUUACAUAUUUCCUCUGUGUGUGUGUGUGUGUGAUUGGAAACAAAUGAGCUUCCAACUCCAACACCAGGUGAAUUGUUUGUAAUUUUAGCAUUGAAGGACAUGUGAAGGUGGAAUGGAAAAAAGUAAGAAUGGCUUUCUUUCUAUGCCAUCGCACAUGUGCCUUCCUUGUAGUAGCAUAAGUAUCAUCUGCAAGCAGGUGUCCUGUUUACCUAAGAAGUGCAUUUUAGUCUGUAAGUACAAAGAAUAAAUUAUCUUUUAAUAAAAAUGUGUAGAUUACAUUUAUAUAAAUAAUAUAAUAAUAUACAUUUACAAAUAUACACCACAUCUCAAAAUACAAAUUUUAAUUUUCCAUUUUACUAUCAGCCCUCAAAUGAUUUUUGGGAGUGGCUGGGCUGCAUGUUGUUGUCAUUGCUCUCUCACUGUGCUGUGAAAUGGUCUAGGAGAACUCAUGAAAUUUGCCCAUGCCGGUUUGGAAUUUUAAAAUCUGUUUUUGGAAUUGUGAAAUGAACACUGUAAGUCAACAUUGUUCUGAUAUUCCUUCUUUCUACCGCUAUCCCCAGUUUUAUGACUAGUUUGUUUGUGUGGCAGGUGAAUUAUUGGAUUUUAUUUUUUUAAAACAUUUUUUGUUGUGUCUGCUGGAUUAAUUAUCUGUUUAUAAGCCCAAAGCCAGAUUCCUCAGAUCAUGAACUUCUUGUGGAAAACAUUGUCACUUGUGAUCUAGUCUCAGCUCUUUUUGGAAUGCUCUGAAGUCAGCUUCACCAAUGGGAAGUUUGAUUUAUUUGGUGGGGGGGUUUUUUAAGUGGAGUGAAAGAAAGAGGAGAGGUAUCAUGAUAACCAGCUGUGGUGCUCUUUAAUCACUGUCAAAAUAAGUAGAACUGGGUUUUUAUCCAGUCAUUCAAUCUUCAUUUUUUUAAAAAGAAUGCAGGUAGAAAAUGGACUCGCAUAGGGAAGGAAAUGUAUUCAUAUCAUACUCUACAUCUUCAAAAUUAUGAGUUCUAUACUUCAGUUGAAAAGUUUUAGCAUGUAGAUUUCUUGUAGAUGCUUCUUUUUCCCCUGUGGUUGGCUAAAUCAGUAUUUGGAAUCUCACUUUUUGCUUUGUAUUUACACAUUUUGAAAAGUUGCUAAUUCCCCUUUACCUAGUUCGAAGGAGGGGCUGACCUUUUGUUGUUAAGAAAUAUUUUGGUUAGUGAAUAUCCCUUUUCUGGUUUUCAGUUUUGCUCUUCUCGCCCGAUAUAUUUUUGGGAGUUAUUUUAGAUCAUGGAGGGUUGGAUGAGUCAUUGGAUGAUGCAGGCAGUUUGGAGGAGUCAGUUGGUUUUUGCAUGUCAAUUUAGAUGUCAUUCGGCUCUAGAUAAUUGUUGUAUGACAAAUGCACUGAUCUGAAUUCCCCCCCCUCCACGGUUAUAGUUCAAAUAGUUGCUACCGUAUGAUGAGUGAGGGAAUGCUAAAAAGCUUGCAAAUCUUCCUGUAAAUAGAGAUUUUGCAAGAGACUUAACACACCAGAGCCUCCAACUUCUUCAUUUUAAUUGACACACUGUGUCAUUGUAAGCUCAAUACGGUUUUAUGCAUUUCAGGUGGACAGUAGAGGAGAUUGGAGGAAUGUGUUCAGUCAUAGUGUGUGAAAAAAGCAGGGAAAUCAUAAAAAGACACAAGGUCAUUGGGUAGUGAAUAUGUCAGUUAGCUGGAGCGGAUCUGAUACCUUGAAGAUUGUUUUAGGCUUCGUCACAUCCCUUGUUUCAUUGAUUGAUUGCUGCCAACAUUAAAAACACAAUUUUCCUUUCAAGGUAUUCAUUUUGGAUCUUUAUUUUGUUAACGACUCGUAGAUCAUAUAUCGUUAUGAAAUGUUAAGCGCCCAAUCCAAACUCUUGAUGAAAAAAGACCAAUUGAAUUUCAUAUUACAGUUUUUAAAAUACGUUCAAUAGUAAGUGAAAAUUUACUUGAUUUGUAAAGGAAAGGUAGAUAAUGAAAUAUGACAUAGAUUUGAUGCUGGCUCAUUAUAUAAAUUUCAUUCCUGUUCCGAAUUUCAUGGGGGAGUGUAUGUGUGGGUCAGUUGUCUAUCUUUUUUAAAGAUUUUUUCGGUGGGGGGGUUUCAUGCCUCUUUCUCUUCUAGUCUAUUCUCAGGAAUGUUUGUUGUGUGUGUUUACUGCAGAAUUAAUUCUUUUUUUUAACUGGAGGUAAAAGGGGGACAAGAUAUUCAGUGUGGACCAAUUGUUUGGAAUGUUUGCCAGUUUAGUCUGUGUGGUCCAGUGACUGCAGGAUGAAUGUGAUACCCUUGUAUUUUUGCUUAUUGCUAAGAGAACAUUCCAGGUUUAUAUAAUAUAUUUCUGUUUUCUGGCCCAGUUUACCCCCCACCCCAUACCCACACACAAUUUGUGUUGAGAUGUCCGGUACAAAUGGUGUUUAUGUGGGGACAGCAGCACUGUCUGCACUUCUUCAGCUUUAGAUGUUGGUGGUGUCAUUUAUCUAGACCUGAAGGCUUGCAGCUUUGCCCCAGCCCUGAGAACUUUGAAUGAUGAUGAUGAGAGAUGGUGCUGAUCACUUGUUGCUGGGCCGUUUCCAAUGUUGUCUCUGAAUGUUUGUUUAAAGAUUGCGUUCGAUCUGUAUUGCCAUUAAAAUUUGCUGCAAUUGCAAGUUCCUAAUUUGUUGUUCACUGAUCUUGACCUCAACUGCCCUGAAAUGUUUGCAAUGUUUUCUUUGGUAGUGUGCAAAUCGCAUAUAAGCGUAUCUCCAUUAUUGUGAUUCUUUCACAUACGUUCGCUGUUUGCGACAUGUACUCAUGAUAAAAAAUGUUCAGCUGAGUUUUGUGUCUAAUGAGUGCUCUCGUUUUACAUUUAUUGGUAAACUGAACUGUUUCUAUACAAAUUCAGCAAUAUGUGCAUGUUCUUACCAAAAAGACGUCAACGUUCAACGUAUCAAUUCAUAUGAUGCGGACAUUCAAUGUGUACUGUGUAGUUCACACCGAAGACACCAGUGACAGGCCUUGCCCGAUAUAUAUAGUUUUAUCUUACUACAAUGUUUUACAUUUGCUUCCUGUAUAGAAUUACGUUUUUUAUUUUUCAUAACAUUAACAUCAUCUCACCGCAUGGUUGAAUGAUUUUGUUUCUUGUGGGAACAUUUGUCUUGGUUUAGUUUGUGCCCAGUGUCAGUACAGCUGGCUGCCAACAGAUUUUGUCCCCUUUUGUUACUCCUUGUGGCCGAGGGAAGAGAGAUAGUUUGUUGAACAUCUUCAUGGAGCAAAGCCUCUUGUUCAAAGAGACUGGAUCUACGUGAAAGAUACUUGUUCUUAUCUGUCGUCUUUUGCUUGUCACAAUUGUUUUCAGUAAUGUGCUGAGUUCUUUUAGAGUGGAAUAUACUAGUAUAUAUUUCUUGCUUUACGUGAGUGGACUUGAUAGACUACAGAUCUCAAGAAACAAAGCCUGAAGUCGUAUAUCUUUUUCUUUUCUAUUUUUCCCCACUCCAUUAGUCCCAAUGAAUAUUAUUAGCUUCAUAAAAGUUCUUACUUUUAUUGCAGUGGAGGGGGCAGGGCGUCCAUCCAUACACAUUAGAUAUCGAUGGUGUUGGGCAUGGAUUGGCAGUCUCCCUGGAACUUUUUUUUUUACAAAACGAGGAAAGAGCUGCGCGACUAUAAUAUUCUAAAAGACCACUUUAACUUGUAUUCAACUUUGCAUGCAUUUCUAUUCAUUUGAGUUUUUACACCAUUUGUUGGGAAAAUGUAUCUGAUCCAGCUUUACAAUGCAGUCCAAAAAUCAAGAUUUUAGAAAAGUUUGGAGUUGUUCCAACUGUGUUGGACACCAUCGAUAUUUUAUCAGACAUGUGUCCUGUGUGGGGACCAAGUGCUCUGCCUUAAAAAUUUUCUGUUCAGUGUCUAGUGGGUUAUAUAAAACAUCAACGGAAGCACAAGUAUUUGAUCAUUUUCAAUGUCACAAAUUUAAAUGGCUCCAAUAUUUAUUCUUCUCUCCUUUACCAAAAGGGCUUGACCAAAGUUCACAUCUCUUUUAUAUUAUUUCUAUUAUUAUUAUUAUAAGGCUUUUGUUUUAGUUGUAUUUUCCCAUCUGGCUAAUGAACGGAUUCAGACCUCUGAGGCUGUUCUCAAAGAUGCUCCCUGAUAAGUUUGGCAAAAUAAUUUGAUCACAGAGACAUUUGAAGGUAGUGGUGCGUAGUCUGUCAUUAGGGUGUGGUGAUGCUUGCUGGGGAUGCCGUUUCCUCCUCCUAGCGUCAUCAGCGUCUCAGGUUGACAUCACUGGGAAUGACUGUGAUAUAAUGUAUGAAUGAUUAUUGCUUGAAGGCUUACAUGUUAAUUUAUUCAGUGAUGUUAUCCUCAGUGCUGGUGACGACGAGUAAUUCCUCCUGUCUCCCAGUCUGCCAUACCCUCUGAGAGCCGAUUGUGUUUGUGCAGCUCUAAAUUUGGGCCAGAAGACCAUAGAGCUCUCGUCUCGUUUAUUAUUUUGGUCUCAAACAGAGCUUGAUCUAGAAUCUGUUUCCAGUGCCUCCACACUUGGUUUUUAACUCAUCAAGCAAAUCUUUUACGAUUUGUCUUUGAUUAUAAUGAGAUUUCAUUUUAAGAGGUUGUAAAAGCAGUUAAUACUACAUUAAUUUGGUGGGUUGAGGUCUCGUGGGAUGGUGAGGGUAAAUAGCAUUCUCAGUAAGAAGUUGCUCAUGCCAAUCCACAGCUGAUGCAAGAUAGAUGUACUUCUCGCUCUUUUAUCCCCAUAUUGGACAAAUUAGGUUUUUUUCUCUCUGGUUUAAAGGGUAUGGAUUUGCAAAAACCUACAUAUGACUCUUGAUGUAACUUUGUAAAGUCAACUGAAACAUGUUCAUGUUAACCAGUGUCUGGUGUAGUGGUUAGGUGCUUCACUGUCACGUACAGAAGCCAAAUUUAAUUCCCAAGUGAAGAGAAAAUGUUUAUCGAGGAUCUCGGUCAUUCUGUUGAGAUGUUUUAUACCUCUCAACCCGCACUGACCCUGACCAGGCAGGGUCGGAAGCCUUCCCCCAAAAUGAUCUAAAUUCUGUCGGUGGGGGUGUAAAGAACAUCUACAUUAUUUUUUUAAGUUAAAAAGUCGCUAGGAAAAAUUCACUAGUCUGCCUGCUGCAAACUGCUGGUGGCUCUGGAAUGAUGUUCUUGUUCUUUUUUUUUUUUUUAUCAUACAAAAUGUCCUUUGUGAGUAAUAUCUGGUGUCUAGGCAGCAACAUAGAUUUGUUGUUGUUUCCUCUUUUUUUUUGUGUAUGUUGUUCCUUACAGAUGAACAGAAAAGCAAUUGUCAUUUUACACAGCAUUUUGUUUUCUGUGAAUGUGAAAAAAGUCUAUGCGUAUUUUUUCAUUCAUUAUUGUUGUUUCAUUUCCAAAUAUUGCAUAUUUGCUCCAGUGAUGAUGAAUGAAAUGUCCCGUUCACGAAAAUGAAAUGUUUGGGACUCUGCAAAUUAUUUAUACUUUGGUAAAUAUAAAUAAACAAUUUGUCCUGAAAUUGA